AGACUCUACACCGUUUCAACCUCAAGGACGUUGUAGAAUCAGAGUUCUUAUAAUUUUAAGACCGCUGUGAUUGUUGGGAUUAGGUUUUAUGUAGUCUUGUUAACUGUAUUUAUUAAUGGUUAAGCAAAUUUUUGGAUUUCAGUGUCAAACAUAUUCUAAACAAAUAAGGACCUGUUGAUGUAAAAAAAAAAGCAACUAAAUUUUCGAAUGUAUAUCUAAGACCACUUGAUGCGAGUGUCUAGGAAUAGAAAAAUGAACAUCACUGCAGACCUGGGGCUGUUAUCCCAACACCGAUAUGUUUUAAAUCGAGGACAUUAGACGAAAACCAAGGGUGCUAGUUUCAGGGUGAUGUAAAAUUUAUUCAGAGUCAUUAUUUUAUUAAUAAAGUGGUGAAAACGUUUUGCUAUGAUUGAGACUCAUAGUCCUUAUCUCUUGCACUUAUUAAUAACUUAGUGGUGAAGUUCAUAUGGACUUCAUCACUAAUUGAUUUGUAGUAGUAGUAAUGUAUAUUACUACUCUUAAGUGGUUUAAUUUCCCCAAGUGCACUUCAAUCGCUCUCAAAUAUCGUUCAUUAAUUAUGGUCUCAUUCAAGUUUCUGCUAAUUAAAGAAGCUCCAAUCGAUGAAAACUUUAAAGGUAUUGUACUGUUUCAUCAAAAUAUUUUAGGUCAAUUGAUCAAUCGAAUUUAGUUAUGAUAUCAAAAACUAUAUUCAAGUCAAUCCGGUCCAUGAGUUAAUUCUCUGCGUAUAUGCACACCAGCUUACGGGUUGUAAAGCUUAAUUAAAAAAACGCCUGAUCAUUUUACGAAAAUGAAUUGGUUGUAGAUAGAAUUUCUUGCUCCUUUGUUACACAUUAUUCAGAUUUCAGUUACUGAAACGGUUGGGAUGGCUGUUUUAAAUAACAUAUUGUUCAGGAAAUUCAUGUUUUCUAUCUUUGUGUUUCGCAUAAUGAAUAUUGUUCCCAUCCUCCAUGAUCGGCGCCAUCCAAUGUUUCUCCGUGUGCUUGUGACUAGGCGGAUCCAUACAUCAUCCAUACAAGACUUACUGAGACAGUUUGAUCAACAGCCCAGUAUCCUUUGACACUUAACCAGCCAUAAUCAGAGAAUAACAUGAAGAAACAUUUAUUAGUAUUUUGGCUUUUCUUAUCUACUUUCUGCUCUUCAGCUUAUCGGAAAUAAGAGCUAGGUUGUGUUAAUUCAAUGCCUUACAAAUAUUUAAAAACCGUGACAGUAAUUUGGGAAAGAAUUUGAUUCACAAAAUUCCAUACAUGAAGCGCCAAAAAUGAUAUAACUCAUGAUACGCGGUACUGUAUUUCCUAACAACAUAUGUCUCUCAAGAUUGAGUUUGACCAUGUCUUGCUGAAUAUAUUUUGUUUGGAAGCUAGUUGGUUUGGUAACAUGAGUUUGUAGUAAGUGAAAAAAUUAGCUAUGCGGUGAAUACAUCUAGAAUUUCGAAGGGUUAUAAUGAGACAUUUAACUUUAGUUUUGAUUCCUAUAUCCAUUGAACUUCAUUUGUUUCAUGGAAGUGUCUAUCGAACUUAAACUCUCCUCAUGUCACCGGAAUCAAGCCUAUUGGCAUUUUAAGCAAAGCGGUUGUAGUUCGACAUGUAGAAAAGCUAUUAUUAGUAUAAUAUUUUGCGUAAUAGCUCUCAUACUAUGUAAUGUUCCUAAUAAAGCUCUUAAAUUUUAGGUGCGUCUUGUGCAUGUGGGUCAACCAGGGCUUAAGUGGUAAGCUUGUCAUAUCUAGAAUUCUUCUGUGGUGAAACAUCUUUAAUGUCAGUUUGCAGGAAAUUCGGUCGAAAUAAUGGUUACUAUUGGUUCAUCGUUUUUCCCAAAUGUAGAAAAAGCCUCAUUUCCCGGAAUUCACAUAGCUCUACAAAUGGUGUUGAAAUGACUAGAAUGCAACAGCACUAUGCUCUGUUAAAUAAGAAAUGCGAAGAACACAUAACCACAUUCGACCAAGUUAAUCCGCGGGAUGUAUUCGUAAACAAUGAAGUAAAGUUGAGCAAAAUUCAAGUGUACGGGUUUGAUUAUGAUUACACAUUGGCUCAUUAUACAUCCGCCUUGGACGAAUUUAUUUUCAAUGAAUCCCGUAACUGGCUUGUUGAACAGAUGAAGUAUCCUGAGGAAAUUCUGAACUAUGAUUAUACUGAGUUCGCUAGACGUGGUUUACAUUUUGAUGUAAAACGAGGCUUAUUAAUGAAAGUAGAUGCAUUUCAUCAUAUUCAACUGGAUACUGUUUAUCGUGGAUUUAAACUACUGUCAUUGGAUGAGAUAUUAAAAGUUUAUCGUGGGAGUCAUUUAUCUAGUGAUAUUUUAAAACAAAAAUUUACACCUAAUGACACCAUUAUGAUUCAGUUGAUGGAUCUUUUCCGAUUACCGGAAAUUAAUCUUGUAUGUUCUAUUAUAGAUUUUUUUGAUCGACAUGGAAUAGAUUAUAAACCUGUUUAUGUUUAUCAGGAUGUUUCUGCAACUGUAGCAAGAGUCCAUAAAUCUGGCCUUCUAGGUCAAACCGUAAUGUCUGAUCCAGAAAGGUAUAUUGCGAAGGCACCUGAACUAUCUACGUUUUUAUAUCGCUUAGUAAAAAAUAAUAAGAAGUUAUUUGUUAUUUCAAACAGUUCAGCUGCUUACAUUGAUAGGGGUUUGAAAUUUUUGGUUGGAAACGACUGGCAAGAAUUAUUUGACGUGAUCAUUUCUAGAGCCAAUAAGCCAUCGUUCUUUAAAUCACCACUCGGGCAAUUUCGACGCACUGAUAUCAGUGGGACUUUCAAACAUUGGGAAGCAGUUCAAACAUUUAAACGAGGUCAAAUAUACGAAGGAGGUUGUUUAGAACAGAUGAUAAAACUUACAGGUUGGUCUUCAGCUAGUAUAUUAUAUUUUGGAGAUCAUGUCUAUGCUGAUCUUGCAGAUGUAGCCAGUACAUAUGGUUGGAUGACUGGAGCUGUUAUACCGGAACUUGAAAGUGAACUUAUUGCUGCAAAUAAUCAUGAUUUCAAAAUUAAUUUAAAACGUUUAAGAAUGCUAGAAAGAUUAAUUCAGGAAAACCAACAUGUUCAUACAGCUGAAGCAAAAUUAUUACUUGAAAAGUGGCUUGAUGAAAGAAAUGCUUUAAGACGUGCUAGUAAAUGUGUAUUUAAUCCACAAUUCGGAAGUAUUUUUCGUUCUUUUCAUAAUCCGUCUUAUUUUUCACAACGUCUUGGACAAUAUGCAACACUGUAUACGUCAAGAGUUACGAAUCUCUUACAUUUCCCACUAGAUCAUGCGUUUUUCCCUAAAAGAACUGCUUUACCACAUGAAUCAUUUUAAUUUAUAAAUUCAUCUUUGUUAUAGUUUAUUGUUGUAGGUAUAAACGCACUUUUUUGUACUUUUACUACUAAUAAUGUUUAUUAAGUAAUAGUUUCGUUUGUAUUCAUUUUAGGUA